AUGGCUGACGCCCCUUCGGACCCGAAGCCCCCCGCCGCCGAAGCUGGCGCUGCCGGCGCUGAGGGUGCCGCGCCCUCGAAGAAGGCCGCCAAGAAGGCCGAAGCCAAGGCGAAGAAGGAAGCCGAGAAGGCUAGGAAGGCUGCCGAACGAGAGGCUGCCGCCGCCGCUGCGAAGGCUGCUAGUGGCGCUGCUGAGGACCUCGCCAAGGAAAACUACGGCGAUAUCACACCCACCACCAAGGUCGAUGCCGAGCGCGUACAUUUGAAGGAUAUAGGGGAUGAGCAUCUCGACAAGGUCAUCAAACUCCGGGCGUGGAUUCAGAACUCCCGUCUUCAGGGCGCCAAGAUGGCCUUCGUCGAGCUGCGCGAGGAGAGGGACUGGUCCAUUCAGGGUGUCAUGGUAGCCAACAACGAGGGCAAGCCCGUCUCGAGACAAAUGGUUAAGUGGACUGGCUCUCUGACCCUGGAGAGCUUCGUUCUGGUGGAGGCAAAGGUUGUGAAGCCCCUGGAGCCCGUCAAGAGCUGCAAGGUAUCCGACUAUGAGCUUCACAUCUCGAAGUGCUACCUUGUCGCCCCUGGACCCCCCGUUCUCGGAAUGAGCUUGGCUGUUGCCAACCGAGCGGUCUCUAGCUUCGAGGAUGAGGAGCACCACGCCGCCGAUGCUGGUAAGGAUGUCGAGGAGGUCAAGGACGGGGUUGCUGCGCUCUCUGUUGACUCUAUCGCCCAUGCGUCCAUGAGCACCCACCUGAACAACCCCGCCAUGCACAAGAGGGCUCCUGUGCAGCAGGCAAUUGCUGAUGUCCGCAUGACUGUACGAAAGCUAUUCAGCGAUUACCUUGAAUCCAAGGGCUUCGUUCAAUUUGAGCCUCCGUGCCUCAUUGGUGCCUCUUCCGAGGGUGGUGCCAACGUCUUCUCCAUGCCUUACUUUGACAAGGCCGCUUUCUUGGCGCAGUCGCCUCAGUUCUACAAGCAAUUUGAGAUCGCCGGUGGUAGGAAGCGAGUAUACUGUAUUGGACCCGUUUUCCGUGCAGAGAACUCCAAUACCCCCAGGCAUAUGACCGAGUUCACCGGUCUUGAUCUCGAAAUGGAAAUCGAGGACCACUACCACGAGGUUCUUCAUAUGCUGGAGGGCGUUCUGCUCUACAUCUUCAGGGGCCUCGAAGAGAAGUGCGCCAAGCAGAUUGAGCUGAUUCGCACCGUAUACCCGUCCGAAGACUUCCUGCUCCCCGAGCCAGGAAAGGAAGUCCGUCUCACCUUUGCCGAAGGCCAGAAGCUACUCCGAGAGGAGGGCCCCGAGGAGUUCCGCAACGUCAGUGACGACGAGGACAUGAGCACGCCCCAGGAGAAGGCUCUCGGCGCUCUCAUCCGAGAAAAGUAUAAAACCGACUUCUACGUCCUCGACAAGUUCCCCGAGUCUGCCAGACCCUUCUAUACCAUCGAGGACCCCGAGAACCCCAAGGUCACCAAUGCCUACGAUUUCUUCAUGCGCGGCCAGGAGAUCCUGUCGGGUGGCCAGCGUAUCCACGUCCCCACCGAGCUUGAGGCUCGCUUGAGGAAGAAGGGCAUUGACCCCACCUCUCCCGGAAUCAAGGAGUAUGUCGAUGUGUUUAGGUCCGUUGGCGUGCCUCCCCACGGUGGUGGUGGCAUCGGUCUCGACCGUGUCGUUGCGUGGUAUCUCAAUCUCCCCAGUGUACAUCUAGCGAGCUACUAUCCCAGGACGCCCAAGCGACUUCUUCCUUAA